AUGUGCUUUGAGUGUGAGAAGACUUUUACUACAGCGGACUGUUUAAAACUGCAUGAGAGGAUUCACACUGGAGUGAAACCUUAUAAAUGUUCACACUGUGAUAAGAGAUUCAUUCAUUCAGGAGCCCUGAAAACACAUGAGAGGAUCCACACUGGAGAGAAACCUUACACGUGUUCACACUGUGACAAGAGAUUCAAUCAGUCUGGAAUCCUGAAAACACAUGAGAUGAUUCACACUGGAGUGAAACCUUACAAGUGUUCACACUGUGACAAGAGAUUCAGUCGGUCAGGAAUCCUGAAAACACAUGAGAGGAUCCACGCUGGAGAGAAACCACACACAUGUGAUCAGUGCGGAAAGAGUUUUAGAAAAAAAGGAGACUUUACAUCACACAUGAGAGUUCAUACUGGAGAGAAACCAUUUACUUGUGAUCAGUGCGGGAAGAGUUUCUCACAAUCGGCACAUCUUAAGGAUCACAUGAACAUCCACACUAGAGAGAAACUGUACACAUGUGAUCAGUGCGGGAAAACAUUUUUGUGGGCUUCAGUCCUGAAGAAACACCUGAGAGUUCAUACAAAGGAG